AUGGCGACCGCCGGUGACACCCAGCUCUUCGACGAGUCCUUCACAAUCACCACCGAAGACCACGCAAAGUACGAUCGCGUUGGACGAUAUGGAGCAACCUCUGCAGACCACCAAACCGUCAUGACACUCGACAUCAACACGGAACUCUACCCGUGCCAGGUGGGCGAGACACUGCACUGCGUUCUUGCCUCUUCGCUUUCGCUCGACGGCACCAAGGAUGAUGGGAAGGGAUGGAGAGACGUGGGCCGGAACGUAGAUGGUGCGGAGCCAACGUUGGCGGAUAUGUUUGAUUAUGUUUGUCAUGGGAAGAUCUACAAGUUUGAGGAUGGGGAGGACGGUCAGACUAUCAAGGCGUACAUCUCGUUCGGUGGUCUUCUGAUGGCUCUUGAGGGUCCGUAUAAGAAGCUUACGCCUCUCCGAGUCGAUUACGUCUACCUUCUUCUCAAAAAAUGA